GCGAGAGAAGAGAUUAGUCGGAGCUGGAUGUUUCAUAACAUUGGGUCGUCCUGGAGGAUCGUGUGAGCGAGCGUUCCAAGCAGUAAGCGCAGUAAUCAGACAGCAGUGUGUGCUAGUGUUGAAAGGUGGUAGCACUGGGUAGAGUGUGUGUUCCGCGUAACAGAUCCCGGUUUGGUGGGAAGGAUUUCUGCGCUUUUUUUUUCCGAGGGUUGAAUUAAAGGUGGAGGAAAGUGUCAGCAAUAUCAUCGAAUGAUUUCGUUGGUUUUUUUUUGUGGUGGAAAGUUGCGUGUGAAUUGGAGCGUGAUUAGGAAUUUUGUGAAAAUUAAUUAAACAGGGUUAAUUGGAGGCUUACGCCCACCUUACUGUGGUUUUUGUGGUGACAGGACGAUUUCCGUAGUCGCGACGAAAGGUGUGUCGUACUAAGUGUGAGUUGGAAGAGUUCUGCGGUUUGGGGGCCCAUUGUGGGUCAUAGGGCAAUUCUUGUCCCGUUGCGAGCGAUGAAAUUUCUGGCUGUAUGAAUGGGCGUGAUUUUUUCCGGAACUGAAGAGUAACCAUAAACAUGCAAAUUUGAAAUCGUGCCGUCGUAGAUGAGAAAGGAUUCGCCACGGAAACGGACGACGGCCAGCACCCUAAACGGUACGGCAUUUCCCCCCUGCUUGAGGAAGAAGUGGGCAGAGCAGAAUAAAAUACCAACCAAACACAGAUAAACCGUCGCAAAGAAAAUGACACUCAUUCUGUCCUGGUUGUUCAUCCUGGCGCUCAUUGUGCCGGAUCUGUCCUCCAGCCUGCUGCACUGUCCCUCGCGGUGUCACUGCGACGACGAGAAGCUGGAUGUGAACUGUGAGGAGGGCCAUCUGGAUGUGGUGCCGAUCGCGCUGAAUCCAUCCAUUCAGCGGUUGGUGAUAAGGAACAACAAAAUUCGCAUCAUUGAUUCGUCGGUACAUUUCUACUCCGAGCUGACGCUGCUCGAUCUGAGCUACAACUAUCUCUUCAGCAUCCCGGAUCGGACCUUCGUGCGGCAAAGUAAGCUGCAGCAGCUGAAUUUGAACCACAACAAAAUCAGUGUCAUCUCCAAUAGGACCUUUGUGGGGCUGGCCGAACUGUUGGUGCUGAAUCUGAGGGGAAAUCUGAUUGACCAGAUCGAACCGAUGACCUUCGCACCGCUGGUGAAGCUUGAGGAGCUCAAUUUGGGUCAGAACCGGAUCGAAAAUUUGGGCCUCUCGGUGGACGGCUUUCUGGGAUUGAUUGAUUUGAAGAUUUUGUACUUGGAUGACAACCGAUUGGAGGUCGUUCCCGCGGAUGAUACAUUCAGACCAGUGGACAAGCUGGCUGAGUUGUACAUCGGCACAAACUCGCUAAGUACGAUAAGAAACGGUGCGUUUGCUGUCUUCUCCGAGUUAACUCUGCUGGACCUGAGAAGCUCACUGCUGAGAAAUGUGAGCGCGGAAACGUUCGCCGGAAUCGAAAACAUCAAGAGUCUUAAUCUGGCGGACAAUCGAUUCGAGAAAGUUCCGUCGCAAGCACUAGCUGUGCUAAGACGCCUGGAGGAACUUUCGAUUGGACAGAACUAUUUCGCGGCCGUUCCGGGGAAUUCAUUCCGGGGGCUGUCGAAUUUGAAACGAUUCGAGCUGAGAGGUUCGUUGUAUCUGAAGCGAAUCGAGCGGGCGGCAUUCCAAACCAACACCAAUCUGGAGAGUGUGGCAAUUGAAUCCAACAAAGCGCUGACCGAGAUCGAAGAGGGCACCUUCUCGGGGCUGCUGUAUCUGAAGCAUUUGAGCCUGCGGAACAACGGAUUCCAGCGGCUGGAUGAGGGCAUGUUUUCCUGGAACAACCUGCGAACGCUGGAUAUUUCGGAUAAUCCGAUAAAUUGUGAUUGCUACUAUUCGAAGCUGCUGCACCGGCUGCAAACGGCCAGCAGGAUUAGCUAUAAUGCCACCGGUUGCCCGCAUCACCUGCCGGAUCAGUGGGAGUGCGAGUACAUAUUGGACAAAAACAAGAAUCUGAUCUCGGUGCUGGUGCUGGCGGUGGCUAUCGUGACGGCGAUUGCACUCACCUUCUACCGCUUCCGGGGCCUGCUGCGGGAGUACGUGCACAAUGGGUGCAAAAACAAGACCCAUGGGGGCGGUGCGGGCCCGGGGGUCGACAUCAACAGUGUGGAUUACGAGAAGGCCAUCACCGAGGAUGAUUACGUGAUUCGACAGAGCAAUUUGUACAACAACCAGGUGCAACCGAUCCUGAACGGCUAUCCGGCUUAUAUGCAGCAGAACAGCGUCUACUACAACAAGCCACUACCGAUUACCGAGUUAUAGUAUUGAAAGCUAGUCGAGUGUGAUGUCAGUGUGUAAAUUAAUUUGAAUGCUAAACUCUGUAUUUACGUAUAUUUUUGCGAAUAUUGCCAACUUGCCGCGCAGCAGUGAUGAUGAUAGUUCGCAACAUCUCUCGACGAACGGACGAAGCGCAUUACCCCCUUUUCUUUUAUAAUAGCUGCUGGAUAAUCCUAUAACUAUCUUUCCUUUUAAAAUUAUUCAAUUGAACCCGACGAGAUAUGGUGAAAAUUAAACCGUAUAACCACGUGCUGCACGUGUGCGGGGAAAAUGGCACCGGGGCGCAAGUGAAAAAGUUUCCCGUUACACGCACCCUUUCCCCCGGAUUCGGUAUUCCUGGAAGCCCUUCAGUAGACGAUUGCUGGAUAAACUCACCUGCCGGAAGGAUGCACACAAACUACAGCUUGAACAGCACAGCAGCCUUUUCCGGAAAAAUAGCGCAAGGUGGUGCACACACACAUACCUACAUGCAUACAUACACACACAGAGAAUGAAAGCGAUAAUAAUUCCAUGGAAAUUAUAGCAAUACUAUUUAAGUUUUAACUGUAAUUGUUAAAGGUUAGUGAAAAUAAGCGGUGAACGCUUCCGACUGCUCGCGUGCUUCUCUCCCGCGCCCGGACAGACUCCCCCUUCCCGUCCGUUCGUUCGUUCGUUCGUUCGGCCGCAGACUUUUCCCAGGUAAUCCCACCACGGAUGCUCGAGGCGGGCGGACGUUUAUUAAUCGGCUGGCGCACGUGUGGACGGGUGUGUUUUUUUACCGCCAACCUUUUUAUGUGGAAAAUCGCGUCCGUUCGUACCUAUGUUUCAUGUGAGAGGUUUUUCCGUCGAGUCUGGGGCCCCGGUUUGCGGUUUGGACUUUCCGUGUUUACCUUUACAGAAUCCUUUUGGCAGGAAGAAGAGCCUCAGCUCGAGGGGUGAUCGUGAGGGGGCGGAGGAAAGCUUGUGUUUUUGACGCGCUUGGAGCAAUUCAGGGUAUUGUGGUGUUGUGUGUUUGGUGAGAAUGAGCAUUUUCCGGCUGCGGAAUAACUUUUGCACGGUGGUGAAGCGCCAAAAGUUGAUUCAACCAUUUUCACAGCCCCGGAAUCGGAAUUGCUGUUUGGAUUGUUGCUGUGAUAAUGUUUCACGCGUGAAAUGCGCACCGCAUGUAAUUUUGCAGGUCAGAGUAUCAUCAGGUUUGAUGGGAUGUAAAAUGGGAUGCGUAAUUUCGGUGUGUUGUCAUAUUCUAAGGACGAAACUUUUCGUUGGAAAAUGUUCGCAUGUCAUUUUAAUUUCAAUUUUGGCUACCAAGGUCGAUUUCAGUCUGUUGCUCCGUUUGGUUUCAUCAGAGUUAUCCACAUCAUAUGUGGUGAUUUAUUUUUCAAAAUAAAACAAAAGCAAAUUAUAAUCAGCUAGUAGUCUUCUGCACCUCGGUCACAGUUUACUCGACAACCUCAACGUCGCUAAAAUGGGUUCGCUCGUGUAGAGAUUUCAUUUUUGGUAACAAAAAAAGUCACAGUAGACG